AUGUCGAAGACCGGCAAGAGAGUCGGCGCGUUCCAAAUCAUGAAAAUGCCACGGCAUGUUUCUGUUUGCCCAGCGGCACCAAUUCAGCCUCUAAGGAAAUCCAGGCCCACUACCAAGCAUCUACCUUCACCGUACACCGUAUUUGUGCUUCUGAGGGUACGGAUCAGAUCGUUAUCAUCUCCGUCGAAUAUUGAUAGCCAAACUGGAAGGAUCGUCAUUCCUCAUUAUUCUUUUGAAAGCUUUGCUUUCGACGCAUCGCAAGAAGUAGAAGGGUUCGUUACGUACAACAAGGUGACAAAGUUCGGGCGUACUUCGGAAGAAAGCUGGAACCAGGAACAUGAACGAAUCAUGAUGGAUAAGAAACCGAAAAGAGUUGACUCAGGUAUCCGUAUCUCCGACCCCCGUCCGAUUGAUGACCGUCAACUCCACUACACUCUGGAGACUCGGACAAUAGUCAACGAACUCGACGCUAUUAUUCAAGAAGAAAGAGAUCGAAGGCAUCAUCAAGCUGGAGUGUUUCGGCACGUCAUGCAUGGCUCAGCAUUGCUCGCAAGUACCCCGAUGCUAUUGAACGGCAUCGCGGAUAUCGAGGAACCGGAUUGA